CCGAUGUUCCUUCUCAGAUACAUUUGAUGGCCUUCUUCCCUAGAGUAACUCCAGCUCCGAACAUCAAUCUAUUUAACUGCUACUCUAUUUACAUUGCUGUAUUUAUCACCGAAACCAUGAUGGUACCUAAGACUCUUUCAACUGCAGUGCUAGCUGCUGUCCUUUCAGCUUCUCUACCUUCAAGCUAUGCUGCCUACAGCGCUCAAGAUGCGAUAACUGGCCUCACCUCCUUGGCCCAACAGGUGGACAGUGCAAGUACGACUCUCAACAGCUUCCACGGCGGAUACAUGGGCGCUCUCACAUGCGCCCGAGAGAUAUUCACCGUCCAGCAAGCUUGCAAGCAAGCCCAACAACUCAUCGACGGCAGCGGCCAAGUUCCAGAGGAAGAUAUUCAGCAAUACGUGGACCAGAUCGACACUUUACACGAAUCUGUAACCAACAUUCUUUCAGUUGCCGCCGCGAAGGUGAGAAAGCAAUCCAUUGCCAUUUGAUGCCUGAAUAUCGCUUGCUGACAUGCGGGGUUCAGGCGCCACAGUUUGGAGCUCUG